GCCCCCUCCGCUUGCGUGUCUACUGUUAACGGAACAGUAUAGUUUAAUGUUUACGAUCGUUCCGCUUGACUUCGCUAUCUGAUCUGGACGCUUCAUUUGAACGCCUCACAACAUACACAGCGAAAGGCGUGGACGCACUGUGAAAUAAGCGAAGUAUGUCUCGAGAGCAGAAAGCAGUGGAUCGUGCCAGGAAGGCCUUUCUCACCGGCCGGAGCAAAGCACUGGAGUACCGCAUCACCCAGCUAAAAAACAUGCUGCGUUUUGUCAGAGAACGGCAAAAUGAAAUCGCAGAGGGUCUCAAAAAGGAUCUCGGAAGGAGUGAGGGUGGAACUCCGUUGUAUGAGACUCUAGGUCUGGAAAGUGAGAUUAACCUGGCUGUGAAAUAUCUGAAAGAAUGGGCAGCUCCUCGACCUGUGAGCAAGAGCAUGAUGACCAUCUCAGACCAGGUCUACAUCCAGCCUGAGCCUCUGGGAGUAGUGCUGGUCAUUGGGGCCUGGAACUAUCCUUGGGCAGUCACCAUCGGACCCCUUAUAGGAGCUAUAGCAGCAGGCAAUGCAGCUGUAAUCAAGCCAUCUGAAGUCAGUUCUCACACUUCCAAAGUAAUGGAGGAUCUCUUACCGCUUUACCUGGACAAAGAGCUGUAUCCAGUUGUCACCGGUGGGGUGACAGAGACCCAAGAGUUGCUCAAGCAGCGGUUUGAUCACAUCUUCUACACUGGAAACGGCACAGUGGCUAAAAUCAUCAUGGAGGCCGCUGCUAAACACUUAACCCCUACCACUCUGGAGCUGGGCGGAAAGAGCCCGUGCUACAUCGACAACAACUGUGACCUCGCCAUUGCCUGCCGGCGUAUUGCGUGGGGGAAGUACUCAAACUGUGGUCAGACCUGCAUUGCUCCGGACUAUAUACUGUGUGACCCCAGUAUGCAAGACAGAGUGAUUGAAGAGAUCAAGAAGAAUAUUAAAGAUUUCUAUACAGAAGACCCCAAAAAAUGUAUGGAUUACGGACGCAUCAUCAAUCAGCGCCACUUUAAGAGACUGAUGGCGUUGUUGGAGGGCAGCACCAUCGCUGUGGGUGGUGAAAACGACGAGUCGGAGUGCUACAUUGGUCCAACUGUUUUAAGAGAUGUGAAGCCGGAUGCCAAGGUGAUGCAGGAGGAGAUCUUUGGGCCCCUGUUGCCCAUCCUGACAGUUAGCAGUGCAGAUGAAGCCAUCAAAUUCAUCAACCAGAGAGAGAAACCCCUUGCCUUGUAUCUCCACACCACACAAAAACAGCUGAUCAAGCGUAUGAUUGCGGAGACCUCUAGUGGUGGAGUGGUGGCCAAUGACUGUUUGAUGCACUUCUCAGUAAGCUCUUUGCCUUUUGGUGGAGUUGGUAACAGUGGGAUGGGCCACUAUCAUGGCAAGUAUGGCUUUGAUAACUUGAGCCACUUGCGCGGCUGUCUAAUCAAACAGUUGAAGAUGGAGGGGGUGAAUAAGAUGCGUUACCCACCACAUACAGCAGAUAAGCUGGGCUGGGCACGCUUUUUCAUCCUCAAACAUGUCGACUUCGGCAGCCUGGGCCGCAUGGUGCUGCUGGCUCUGAUGGCCGUCUUUGUUGCAGUGAUUUUACAGGGAUACUUUACUGACUAAGAUUGUGAAUAAUAUGAAGAAAUCUUACCUCCACCCUGAACACAAGACCUUGGACAGAAGGUCGGCUGACUCCUACUGAAGUGCUGCUUCCCUCAUUUGCCGUAGUUUUAUAAUCAUAGCCGUGACUAAUUUCAGUCAUUAUGACAAUGCUGCAUUUUUGUCAUUUAAACCAACAUGCAGUUUUAUAACAAAUUACUAUGAUAUCAGUGUCUAUUUUAGAAUACACUCUUUUAAUUAAGAUCAAAGAACCUUGCCAUCUUGUCCGACGUGUCUAGGAUGUUUUUUUAAAGAAGGAAAUGAAGGUUUCUCAAAAUAGAAUGAUUUUGUUUUCUUAUGCAAUAUAAAAAAAUAACUUAUAAUUUUUGCUAUUUUGAAUAAGAAGUCCAGCAUUUUGAAGAAAUGCACAUUUCAAACAGAGUCUAAAUGUGAGUUUUGUGACUCGUUAACAAGUUUAUGCUCCAGUUACAGUAUAUGGUUCAGUCAGAUUUAUGAAGAAUUGUUUCAGGUGAAGAAAGUAUUAUUGUCGGAAAUACAGAAUGUGUAGUUAUUUUAUAUUUAAAUGAAGUUUACUCAAAAAAGGAAAAUUCUGUCAUCGUAUACUUACCCUCAUGAUUUCUUAAACCCAUUUGUAUUUCCUUUUUCUAUGAGACAAGAUGAAGAAAUUUUGAAAGAUAGCCAUGCUGCUCUUUUUUCAUACAAUGAAGUGAAUGGGGUCUGCCACACAACAGUGUGAGUGCCAAAAUUAUGGUGAACUAUUAAUUGAAAAAAGCAGACCAACUACAAUAUAUGUAAUAUGUAAACAACAUUUCAUGUGGAUGGAUCCACAGUUUCCACAUUUCCAUUAGUCCUAACAUACUGUAUGUGUCUUAUAAUAAUUCCAUAGAUAUUGAAAGACUUUUAUGACAUAGAGAAAUAAUUUUUAAUGCAACAAUAAACUUGAUUUUACACA